AUGUCGAUGCCGUCGCCUUUCAGUGGCCCCGAGGAGGCGGCCGCCGAUGCCCUGGCGCGCAGGAGCCUGUCCGAGGCGCUUGGGAACGAGGUCCUGCGGGAGGCGUCCAGGCUCCUCCGCAUGGCGCCCACCUCCCGGCACGCGCGGCGCCCGGCCGGCGAUCGCCUCCGCUGGCGCCGGCCUGGCGUGGCCGGAAUGGAGCGUUGCGAUUCGCGCGGGAUCGACGGGAUGCCGGGUGUCGGGAUGUCAGUGCCGGGGGGGUGGGCGGCGGUGGGCGGCUGGGUGGCCGGCAGCGCGCUGGACGUCCAGGGCCCCAGGGAAGCUCUCAGGGGGUGGCGGCAGCGCCUGGCGUUUCCUGGGGAGCCGAAUGCGCCCAAUUUCGGCCGCGGGUGGGCAUUCAAUCCGAUGGAUUCAUCCAACUUGGCGCCGCACGGCUCCGGGGGGGAAGGGGACUACGGCCAGAGCGGGAGAUGGGUGGGGCCCGGGAACUGGAGGUUUUCGGAGGCGGGGGCGUUCGGCCCCGGGUACUUGGGGACCGCCGCGGGGACCAGGGCGGACGGCCCCAGGAGCGCCGAGGAUGCUCGAGAAGACGGGGACGCGCAGCGUGGAGGCGCCAGGUUGCGAUGCGGCGCCUACGGCGCGCCGAACGCCCAGAGGGACGCCCUGUACCUGGACGGCGUGGCGGCUCAAUUCGGCGGCCAGGGGGCGAGCCAGUUCGUGCGGCAGACCGUGGAGUGGGGUCCCGCGAUGGAGCUCGCCGCGCUGGGCCAGGCGGCGAUCGGCAGCACCGGGGCGGCCGGGAUGACCUCGGGCCACUUCGGCGACUGCGGCGGCCUGGCCGGGUCGACGAGCUCGGCGCUGGACGCGAACGGGGGAUGGCAGGCGGCCGGAGUGAAGGGGUCCGGGCUGCCGGCUGGCGGUUUCAGGGUCCAAGACGGGGUAAGUUUCCAGGGACUGGGGCCGGAUAGGGGCUGGGGUCCGCCCCAUGGCGGCCCGGCGGGGCUCGAGGCCUAUGCGCAAACAUCCCAGCACAGCGAUCCGCCUAACGAAAGCGAUGCGCGCGCGAUCGGCGAGGCGGGCGGGAAGAGGCCGGCGGCGACCGUCGACGGGUUUGCGCGGCAUUCGGACAUCCAUGAUGCGGCCCGCGCGGCCGAAGGGCGACAUGCAGCAAAGUACAUCUGUGGCGGGCGCCAGGCGGGGAACAGACACGCCGCGGUGGACAGGGCGGGGAUCGGCGUCGAUGGUGAGAUUGGGAUGGGAGAGAACCCUCGGAAGGCGAGGAAGCAGCCGCCCGCGAAGGGCGAGAGGGCCAGUCCGCGGUCGUCCAAGGGGCUGAAGCAGACCAGCCUGAGGGUGAUGGCCGCGGUGAAGCAGCAGCGCAGGAUGAGCUACACCGCCGUGGCAGAGGAGCUGGUCGCUGAGAUCGCGAGCGUGGCGCGGCGAGAGUCGGGGGAGGAGUUCAGGGACGGCUCGGACAACGACAACCUCAGGCGGCGGGUGUACGACGUGCUCAACGUGCUGGACGCGGUGGGGGUGAUCAAGAAGGAGGAGAAGCAGAUCUGCUGGCGGGGCCUCCCCGAGUCCAUCGCGCUGCUGGCAGAUCAGCUGCGCACGGAGAAGGCCAAGCUGCAGGAGGCGGUGGAUGAGAAGCGUGCGCGCCUGGCGCAGCUUGCGGAGAGCUUCUCGGCGCUGGAGGGCAUUGUGAAGAGGAACGAGCACCGGCCCAUCGACCGGUGCCCGCAGGACGUCAGGGUCCUGCCGCUGCCUUGCAUCAUCAUCCGGGCGCCCGCGGUGGGCGCCAUAGAGGUGCAGAUCAGCGAGGACCUGCGCAGCGUCAGGAUGAACUUCCACGACGUGCCCUUCGAGGUGCACGACGACAUCUACGUUCUCAAGAGCAUGCGGCUGCACGUGGGCGCGGGCCUUGACCCCACGGGUCGCGGCCCGGGCCGCCGCGCUAGGGCGCGAGCGUCCCCGAUGUGCGGUUCGAUCCUGCAGGGGUUCAAGGGGGUGUUCGCGGCGCCGAUGCUACUGUGCGCGGACGGGGAGGCCGGUGCGUCGGACGCCAUCGACUCUCUGGACGGGAUCCUGCGGCCACCCCCGGGUGGCGGCCGGCAGGGGCCGGGCCCCAGGUCCCCCGCAGCGGACGCCAAGAGAGCCCAGGAUGUCGCGUCGGUGUAG